AUGAUCGAACAGGUUCUCUCAUUCUGGUUCGAACGCCACGGCCCCGAGCAGUGGUGGGCCAAGGACCCCGCCUUCGACGAGGCGAUCCGCACCGAGUUCGGCGCGCUCCACGCCAGCGCCGCCCUGGGCGAGCUGCACGACUGGCGCGACGGGCCCGAGGGCCGCCUUGCCGAGAUCAUCGUGCUCGACCAGUUCUCCCGAAACCUCUAUCGCGAGGACCCCAGAGCCUUCGCCUGCGACGGCAUGGCGCUGGCCUUGGCGCAGGAGGCGGUGCGCGUGCGUGCCGACCGGGCGGUCCUGCUGGAGCGCCGGAAGUUCUUCUACAUGCCCUACGAGCACAGCGAAUCGCCCCGCAUCCACGAGAUCGCCGUGACCCUCUUCGAAUCGCUGGACGAUCCCGAGAGCCUGAAAUACGAGAUGCAGCACAAGGCGAUCGUCGACCGUUUCGGGCGCUAUCCGCACCGCAACAAGGCGCUCGGGCGGGAGUCCACGGCGGAGGAAAUCGCCUUCCUCAAGACGCCCGACUCGUCGUUCUGA